AUGCGGACUACUAGGUCUGCCAGACCUGAUCAACUCAGCGCGCGGAUAGCUAGAACCGAUCAAUCCAGCGCGAGGACUGUCAGAACCGACCAACCCAGUCCGUCCAGUCCAGCCCGACCACAAUCCACACGUAGCCAAUCCUCCCGUACAGGCCGACGAACCUCACGCUCCGCCUCCUACGCCCCCUCCCUCCGCCACCGCACAACCGGCCAAACCAUCCUCUCCCUCGACGCCGACAAUUCCGACCCCGAAGCCGCCAACGCGACCCACACGGCCGCCGCCAUUGUCGAAGAAAUCGCUGAAAUCAAGCGUUAUGAAGACUUCUCCACCAUCGACUGGGUACAAGACGCAGCACGCGAACAGCUCCGACGAAAAGCGCGACGGCGCGCGCGAGACAGCAUUGGCGUGCGUCGAGACGGUAGCAGCGCGCGCGUAUUCCUUGGCCGCGGGCGGGGCAAAUGGCGCAGGAAGAUAGCAGAAGCCUACGACGCGGGACAAGCGUGGAUAGUAGUUACGCUUGUUGGUGCGGCGAUCGGACUCAAUGCUGCGUUUCUGAAUAUCGUGACCGAAUGGCUCAGCGACAUCAAGCUGGGUCAUUGCAGCACGGCGUUUUACCUUAACGAGAGUUUCUGCUGCUGGGGUGCCGAGGGCGGGUGUGCAGAGUGGAAACGUUGGACGGGCUUUUGGCCCGCGAAUUACUUGAUGUAUAUCCUUUUCGCUGCGCUGUUCUCCUUUACGGCCGCGAGGCUGGUCAAGAGCUUUGCGCCGUAUGCGGCGGGCAGUGGGAUUUCGGAGAUGAAGUGUAUUAUUGCUGGGUUUGUUAUGAAGGGCUUUUUGGGGUUUACAACACUGUUUAUCAAGUCGAUUGGACUGCCCUUGGCGAUUGGGUCGGGGCUUUCGGUGGGAAAGGAGGGGCCGAGUGUGCAUUAUGCGGUUUGUACCGGUAAUGUGAUUAGUAGGUUCUUCGACAAGUAUCGUCGGAAUGCGGCCAAGACGAGGGAGAUUCUGAGUGCGAGUGCGGCGGCGGGGGUUGGUGUUGCGUUUGGUAGUCCGAUCGGGGGCGUGCUGUUUAGCUUGGAAGAAAUGAGCAAUCAGUUUCCGCUCAAGACGCUUUGGAGGAGUUACUUUUGCGCUUUGGUGGCUACGGCUGUUCUUGCUGCCAUGAACCCCUUUCGUACCGGCCAGCUCGUCAUGUUCAAUGUCAAAUACGACCGCUCGUGGCACUUUUUCGAAACCGUCUUUUACAUCCUGAUCGGCGUGUUUGGUGGUCUUUACGGCGCUUUUGUCAUAAAGUGGAAUCUCAAGAUGCAAGUCUUCCGAAAAAAAUACAUGGCUGCGUAUCCCAUCACCGAAGCUGUUACGCUCGCCGUCGUCACGGGCGUUAUCUGCUAUCCGAACAUGUUUCUGCGGAUUGACAUGACUGAGAGCAUGGAGAUUCUGUUUCAAGAAUGCAAGGCUGGCAAGGGCUAUGAUAGGCUUUGUGAUCAGAAUCACAAGUGGCAUAAUAUUGGCACGCUUGCCAUUGCAACUGUCAUUCGGACGCUGCUCGUCGUCAUAUCGUUUGGCUGCAAGGUACCGGCUGGUAUCUUCGUGCCCAGUAUGGCUAUUGGCGCGGCAUUUGGCCGCAUGGUAGGUAUUUGCGUACAAGCACUCCACGAGGCCUUUCCAACGUCAGCUUUCUUCGCGGCAUGCGAGCCAGACGUCGCUUGCAUCACACCAGGAACCUAUGCCUUCCUCGGAGCUGCCGCCUCCCUGAGUGGCAUCAUGCACAUCACCGUGUCGGUGGUAGUCAUCAUGUUCGAAAUCACCGGUGCCCUAACCUACAUCCUCCCCACCAUGAUCGUCGUGGGCGUCACAAAAGCCGUCAGUGAGCGCUUCGGCCACGGCGGCAUCGCAGACCGUAUGAUCUAUCUAAACGGCUACCCAUUCCUCGACAGCAAAGAAGAACACACAUUCGGCGUCCCCGUAUCCCAAGUCAUGGAAACCCGCCCGGUCUGCCUCCCAGCCAACGGCAUGGAACUCCGACAGAUGGAACGUCUAAUGACGGAGAAUCAAUACCAAGGCUACCCCAUUGUAGAAGAUAUGCAUUCAAAGAUUCUAGUCGGCUACAUCGGCCGCACAGAACUCCGCUAUGCUAUCGACAGAGCAAAGAUGGAACAACAAGCGCCCGCCCACGCAAAAUGCUCCUUCGCCGCUUCCUUUUCAUCACCAACCCUACCACAUCAAUCACCAAACACUACUUUCGACUCUAUACCUACCACGUCCACACAAACAAGCCUCGACUUCACCCGCUACAUCGACCCUACACCCCUUUCAGUACACCCCCGCCUCCCUCUCGAAACAGUAAUGGAAAUUUUCAAGAAAAUGGGACCGAGAGUCAUCUUGAUUGAAUACCGUGGCCGCCUGACGGGUCUGGUGACGAUCAAGGAUUGUCUAAAGUACCAGUUCAAGGUUGAAGCUGGAGGGGGCCAUGGAGGUGUGGUAGCGGGUGGCACAGAGGAUGAUGCUAGAAUGGAGAGGUUGGCGGGAUGGGGGACGGAUAUUGUGAAUUGGGGGAGAAGAAAGCUGGGGUUGAGGGAAAUUGGGGAGGUGAGAUUGGGGGAGGAGGAUGCGAGGGGGAGAAGUGGUGAGCGAGAUAGAGAUGGUGGGAGAGAAGAGAGUGAUGACGAUGAUGAUGAUGGCCAGGGGUAUAGGAGGGAUGUUGAGUUGGUAGAUAGGAAUAGAUAG